GAGAGAGAGAGAGGGAGGGAGGGAGGAGGGAGAGAGGAAGAGGCUGCGUCUGUAUCAAUCUGCACAUCCGCCGCGUUGGGGAGAGGGGCGGAGAGGCGCGGCACAAUCUGUGCUCGGCGCGUGGUGCGUCCGGCAGCGCGCGUGGUGCCCUCUUGAUUUCAUUACCUAAAGUCUCAGAUUUUUAGAGGAUAAGUAACUGUGAACAGACAGUGCCUGUGGAGAGACACGAGAGGAAUUUCGGAAUAGAUUCGGUUCGGCAGAGGGAAGAAACUGUGACGUGUCACGCGAGUGAAGUGGGGAGCGAGAGGAAGAGGGGAGGGAGAGGGAGGAAAGAGAGAAGAGAGAGGAGAGAGGGAGGGAGGGAGGAGAAGAGCGGGAGAAGAGAGGGAGGAGAAGAGGAAUUUCCAGUUUUCACCGACGUAACAUUGGAAACUGGGAAGAAGUUUCCGGUCACAGGCUCCGCACAAAAUGUGGAUAACCCCCGCCGCGCUGUGUCUCUGUCUGGGGUUGGUGACUUCCGCUCCGACCAGCACCGACCGACCCGAGGACGCCCUUCUCGCCGAGUUCACCUCCCUAACGGAGGACUUCGGCGACCUGGAGAGCAUGCUGGACCUCAACAGCACCUCCGCAGAGGACGACAUCUUCGCAGAUCUGCUGAACAGCGUGCUGGAUGACUAUGAUGUAACCUCGCUCGAAGAAGAUAUGCCGUUUGUGAAUUUAACUGCCAUUUCUUUGGAAUUUAACAUUUUAACCUCCGAGGGCUCAACAUCAUCAGAAGCUACCGCUUCACCGAAUGGCCUAUCCUCAGGCAGCGAGUCAGCUACCUCAACAUCUUCAGAUUCUUCAUCUCCCUCACUGACAUCCACAAGCGAGCAUCCUCCAUCCUCUCAAGCAGCCAGCGCUCCUCCAGCCACCACAGUUCCACCUCCAGUCACCACAGUUCCGCUCCAAACCACCACAGUUCCACCUCCAGUCACCGCAGUUCCACCUCCAGCCACCACUGAGGAGUAUGAGUACGACUACUACGAGGUCUACAGCGACUUCCAGCCGCCCACAGCGCUCCCGUUCAGCAUGUUCGGCGACAUGCAGCCGCGUCCGCCGUCCCAGGGAGACGUGCUACCAUCUUCCUGCGCCUGGGCGGUGGUCCAGUGCUGCUCCAACCCCGACAAACUGGGCUCUCGUGUCAGCUGUUUUAGUCACGUGGGCUGCUACGGCUCGUGGAUUCAAGAUUUCUGCACUCCAGAAAUAAAGAGGGUGGUGUUCAAGUCCGUGUUUAAAUCUAUGAAAUUCUCGCCUUGAUUAUGUGCACCAUUGUUCUACAUAUGUGAGAUGUGUAUGUAUAUGGGCCUUGGAGGAGUGUAAGAGCAAAGUGGAGGGGCUGGUAACUGUACAUGCAUGCGAAAUGGUGUCAAGUGAACUUUCUUGUGAGGUAAAAUAAAUCCCGAGCCUCAUUCAACAAAAUCGUGCAGUAGUGCUGAAAAAGGCAGUGCUCUGAUCGUGGGCACCAUUUAGUUGUCAACGUUGAUGUUGCCAUAAAUGCCAUAGCUAGUGAGUUGUGUGUGGCAGGACUUUCAGAAAUGACUGAGUAAAAAGCCUGCGAGUUACAAUGCCAACAAUAGAAACAGAUAGACAGGAUGGAUAGUGAAUUAUCAGACAUGAUUGUAUAUGCUCGAGCGAAUGACAUCAAUUAUACAAAUGGUAUGGUAUUUUAGGAAGGUAUAAUUGUUGUCAUUCGCUCGAAUAUAUACAGAAACAGAUAUGCUGAAGUUAUUGGUAUAGGUAUUUUACUAUUUGUCGCCAAAUGCCCAGAUUUGUUCAAGGAAUGCCAACAACGGUACAAUAUUGCUCAAGGGUUUCAGUGUCUUCAAUAAACAAUAAACGGUCGUGUGACAACAAAA